ACUUGAAAAGAAGGCCGAUGAGGCCUCUCUCGAGAUCUAUCAUGUCAAGGCGGAUCCUACUAGCUAGCUAGAGCUAUUUGCCUGUCAGCCCAGCAGUAUCAUCCCCAGGUCACAAAGAACGGGGAACAAUAAGACUUGAGGUGAAGGGCUGUUGGAUCUUUGCAAGAAAUGUAUUGGUGAGCUGCAACGCAGAACUCAUUUUCCUGUCCGAGACAAAAGUUUGCGAGAAUCGAGUCUUUUUGGAACCAUGGCCACGGCUGUCAGAGAUUUGUAUAAAUCCAUCCUGGAGGGAUCCUUUGAUGCAGGGUUUCUGCUCGACGCAUCCAAAGAAGAUGCUACCAUUGUCCAUGCCACCGCCUUGGCUCGAGAGCUCUUUGAAGUCGCCCCAGAAACCGACCUGGUGGGAAGAUCCAUUGGCGCACUGACAUCGUUUUGGUCACACUCUCUCCCCAAGGAAGAUGCCAAGUCUCAAGAAGAUACCUUGGCUUGGAAGUCGGUCAUGGAGUUUGCUACCCGGUCGGAUGAUCCCAUUCGAGAAUGGACCAUUACCGGAAAACUCCAAGUUGGCAGCGAGGAAACCACCAACAACAACAAAUCAUUUCCUGGAACAUUGAAACUAUGUCAAGUGGAUACCUAUUUUUGGUUUGCCCAUGUUCGUCACGCCGACCUCCAUGACAUGGCCAUGGGUACAUACCGAGAAGCCCAGUCACAAUCUCACCAAUCCAGCGGUAAGGGAAGGAAACGACGAUCGCAGCUAAAUCAAAACAACAAGGUGUCAUUCGACAAUAUGCCUCAAAUGACAGUAGACAAGCAUGGAAUCAUCAAGGAAUUCAACAAGCUCGCUCUCAACUCCAUGGAUUUUUGCAAUUGGGGCCUCAUUGGGAAGCACGUCAACGAUAUCAAGUGGGCUCCAAAAACAACCACUGAAGCAGAUGCUGAGGUAGAUGGCAAGAAGGACGAGAAAAGCCCUGGCACAAGUGAAAGCCUAGGCGUGGUAUUUGACCUGACACAAGAUGCAGAAGAAGGCACUGGAGGACUUGGGCUGAUCCAAAUUGGCAACAAGGAUAACACUGUGGCAACCACUGGAGGAUACAACCGAGACGAAGUCAUCACAGAAGCCGUCUUUGAAGCAGCAUUGAAUCCACUAUUUCAGAUCAACGAGCACGGGACCAUUCAAAUGGUCAACAGCGCGGCCGAAAAGGUGUUUGGAUGGACCCGAAACGAGUUCUUGGGCUCGAAUAUUGCCAUGAUUUGUGGUGGAGAGCAUGGGCCCAAACAUGCUUCCUAUAUUGAGCGGUACUUGGCAACGGGGGACACGCGAGUGAUUGGCAAGAAUCGAGAAUUGAUUGCGAAACGCAAAGAUGGCAGCGAGUUUCCUAUUGAGCUGGGAGUUGUGGAGGUGGAUACGUUUAGUGGUGACACGCGAUUGUUCUGUGGCUUUGUCCGAGACUUGAGUCGCAUCAAGCGACGAGAACAACUGACAAAGGAGAUUGUGGAGGGGUCCCUCGACCCCAUGUUUCACAUUAACCAAUCCGGUCGUAUUCUCAUGGUCAACCAAGCAGCCUUGACCGCAUUUGGUUACGAACGAGAGGAACUAGAGGGUCACAACAUCAGCAUGAUUUGUGGCGGUUCCCAUGGUAAGCACCACGAUUCCUACAUUAAGAAGUACCUGGAGACUGGAGAUACACAAGUCAUUGGUAAGCAGCGUGAACUACCCGCCAGGCGCAAAGAUGGCAGUGAAUACCCGAUCCAGUUGGCCGUCGUGGAGCUGGAGCCUGGUCCUGAUGGAGAGCGCAUGUUUUGUGGAUACGUUCAUGACCUGUCCCAAAGGAAACGCAACGAGGAUAUCAUUCGGGGCACCAUCGACACGUCUUUGGAUCCAGUUCUUCACAUUGACAUCAAUGGCAUAAUACAAAGUGUCAACAGGGCUGCCCUGGAUCAUCUCGGUUGGACGCGGUCAGAGCUCGUGGGGCAGAACGUCAGUAUGAUUGUAGGAGGUGGACACGCAGAGCAUCAUGAUGAAUACCUUAAAAAGUACCUGGAAACUGGAGAGGCCAAGGCAAUGGGAAGGCGCCGAAAGUUGAAGGCGCGUCGUCAGGAUGGAUCCGAGAUGGACAUUGAGCUCAAGCUCUCUGAAAUCAACAUUGACGGUGGAAAGGAAAGAAUGUUUUGCGCCUUCCUCACCGACCUUGCCCAAUUCGGCAUGGAUGAGUCGAGAACUAGUUGCUAGUAGCUAGUAACAACCAAAAGUACAAAUCCUCAAAGUAUUGUCAAAGUCUCUGAAAUGAAUGGUCUAUCCGUAUGGUAUCAUCCCGUAAACACUAUCUAGCUAGCUAUCGUAGAAGACCCACCUUCCGAGAUCGAUAUUUGACUUCAUGGCUCUGACAUUGGCAAAGUCUCAUGAUGUAAAGCUAAAGGUCCAAAGAUCCACGGGAGUACCGCAUCCACGUUUAGUCAGUUUUUUCCUCGAUUCAUGACUGAACCGUCAC